AGUCAUAUACAUAUUGGAGACCUUAAUUGUUUGCGAAGCGUUACAGUAGGUAUCAUACCCAUCAUUAUUGAUAUCUCGUUGAGUGCGGCGAGACUACAACGUGGUCUUACGCUCCGUUGCCUGAAUUGUUUGUUCUUAUCCAAGUGUGUUGUAUUCUUAAUGAAUUAGUUAAAGGUAUAUGUGUGGGUUAAAUUGUGUCACUGACAAUACUGUGGACGGAAAUUAAGGAUCGUACGGUUCAUCGGGUAGUUUAAAUAUCGUAGUCCUUAGCACCACAUGUGAACAGAUACACAGGGGACUACAGACGUGUUGUGUUGUACGGGUAUGGGGUUUAAAUGUACCCGAGGAUGAGCUAAACAGGUCUGUCCAUUCUGUAAUUACUCAUCACUAAGUAAUUACAUAAUGGAGGCGACAGACAAAAAGGAAGAAGAUGAGCAAGAAGAGGAUGAUAAAGAUCCGACGCCAGUUGUAUCCCCGCAGGCGCUCAAAGACCGGCUUUGGACGCUCGUUACGGAGGGAAAAUUCAAUGAUCUGAAGAAAUUUUUCCAUAUAUUUCGUAAGGUAGAUAUUCCUUUGGACGAAGAUAACGAUGAUUUCGACGAGGAUGGUGGGAACGUGUUGAUGCAAUGUGUGAAAGAGGGAUGUGACAGGGGUCCCACCUCAUUCGGACGGGAUUACAUCCGAUGUUGUCGUCUGCUCGUGGAGAAGGGGGCGUCCACUGACGACCAGGAUAAAGCCGGUCGAACCCCACUCCAUUGGGCUGUGUUCAGUAAAAAUAUCAGUUUUGUAAAUGAGUUACUUGAAAGUGGGGCAGAUCCCAGUAUUCGGGAUCAGGAUGGAAUGGAUCCAUUUCAUCUCAGUAUCAUUAUUGGAGCCAAGGAAAUAUUUAACGCAAUUGUCAGGGACAGAGAGAUCGAGUUCCUCGAUCACAAAGAUGGGAAGGGUGUACCUCCUGUGGUUGCAGCUGUACAGCAUCGGCAGGUAGACUUUGCUCGGCGUCUAUUGGACUUGGGUGUCGAUAUCAAUGCGACUGAUCGCAGGCUCAAGCGCACUGCUUUACACUACGCCAUCUCAUCAAAACGUUUGGAUUUAUAUGAACUUUUACUAAAAUAUAAACCUGAGGUAGAUGUAGCGGACUACCAGGGUAAGACCGUCUUUCAUCGUGUGUGUGGCAACAAGGACCCGAGGUACUUUCAGAAACUGGUAGAGACUUAUAACGGUAUACCAGAGGACGUCAUGGAUCAGGCGGCCGACGAUGGCAUGACACCUGUCAUCAUCGCCUGUCAGAAUGGCAACCCAGAACAACUCAAAGAGCUCCUGGAUAAAGGGGCUUCAGCAAGUGAUGCGGACAAAACCGGAAAGUCGGCUUUACAUUACUGUGCCGAUAACUUAGAAACACAAUGUGCGGAAAUGAUAUUACACAAAGACAUUGAUCUCCUCAACUCCAAAGAUGAGCAGGGCUUCACGCCCCUCCACAUGGCCGUGAUAGGAGGCAAUGCCCCCCUCCUACGACUCCUGUUGAAGAAAGAUGCAGACAUCAAUUGUCUGGACAAUGAACAUCACACGGUCGCACACUGGGCGACAGGGCAUCAUAUGACAGGACGUAAAGUUUGUGGCCACUUGGAGGUUCUGGAGAUUUUACUGGAGAACGGAGCGGAUGUGUCACGGGCAGACAGUCAUGAGGCUUUUCCUAUACAUUAUGCUGCUCAGAUGAAUGGCAAGGAGAAUGGUCACACUGAUCCGAAGAUAGGAGAGAAAGUCCUCAGGAAACUCGUCGAAAAUGGUGUGCCGAUGGAUGUUCUAGACAAAGAUGGACGCCAACCUUUACUGUGGGCAGCUAGUGCUGGUAACUCUGAGUCCUGUAAGUUGCUAGUGAAGGCCGGAGCAGAUGUGAAUGCUAUAGAUAAAGAUGGUCUCUCAGCUCUCCAUUGUGCAGCAUCACGUGGUCAUACCAAGUGUAUAGAGACAUUGAAAAAUCUUGGUGCCAAUGUAGAUCUGGCCGACAAAAACAACUGUACAGCACUGUUCUACGCCAUCACCCUGGGCAACAAGGAGUGCACCAAGGCCCUUCUCAAGUUUGGUUCCAACCCAAACCACCAGGACAAUCGUGGACGAACACCGACCCACUGUGCUGCCAUAAAGGGCUGUGUGGAUACUGUCAAGAUGCUGGAUAAACAUAACGCCCAGCUAUGGGCACCUAGUGUCCGCGAGGAUUGUCCCAUCCACGAGGCUGCUCAGGGUGGAUUCUGUGAUGUUGUCAAGUACCUGUUGAAAUCGAAGAAUGAUCCUAAUGCUGUAAAUCUACCAAAUAAGGGAGGUCGCACCUGUCUACACAUAGCAGCCAUAGUCAACAACCUGCCUCUCUGUAAACUUCUCAUCGAUAAUGGUGCCGACAAAAACGCAACGAUGAUCCACAAGGACAAAACAUACACUCCCUACGACGCCGCUGUGGUAAAGGGCAAUCAAGAGACAGCAGAGUAUAUAAAAGGAAAAGGUGGAAAUUCAUCCACAGAUCCAGACAAAACUGGAAAGCGUGAGUCUAAGUCAGCUAAAUCCCGUCGUAGCGUUCUCACACUUGAGAGUACACCAGAAGAGCGAGAGAAGGAGGAACAAGCUGAACAUGAUAAGAAAGGAGAUGUAAUCUUGGCGCCAGUUGCUUCUCCUUCUAAAGAUAAAAAAGGUAAAGGUGAUAAAGACAAGGGUACCAAAGACAAGGAAGCUGAAAAGAAAGACAAAGAAACAGAAAAGAAGGGAAAAGACGUGCAGAAAUCAGAUGGAGAGGAAGAUGAGGAUGAAGAGGAUGCCAAGGACCCAGGAGUGAAACCGUUAGUAGCUGCUGGUGUUGGUCUCAAAGCCAAAGACAAAAAGGGCAAAGAGAAAGAAACAACAGACAAAAAGAAAACAAAAGGCAAAACUGAGGAAGAAAAAGAUUCAGAAAAACAGAGAAAAGAAAGUCGUUCAGAGGAGGAAGAGAAGGAUACCGUAGAUAAAACUGUUCCACUUGGAAAGGGUGGUGUUGGUGCUAAAAGAAAAGGAAAACGAGAGAAGGGCGAGGAAACUGAGGGAGAGGAGGAGGAAGAAGAAGAAACAGCUGGAGACAACAAAGAGAAAGAAGGUAAAAAGAGCAGAAAAUCUUCUGAGCAGGACGACGAAGCUGCACGUAUUGCUGCGGCUGCAGCAGCUGCAACUGCUGUAAAGGUAAAGCGAAGAGGAAGCAAAGAGGCAGGCAAGAAGGACAGUCGCGGAGAUAGUGGUGUAGAAGCUGAUUCAGAACAAGAAUCUUCAGAGGAGGAGGGUAAAAAAGAGGAAGGAAAAGAAAGUGUUGAACAGCCUAAGGGGAAGACUGUUGAAACAGCAGGAGGACGAGUUCAUCGCAAGAAAAGAAAUACAGAUACUGUUGAGGAAGAAGAAGAAGAAGAAGAGGAAGGAGAGGGCACGGGAAAAAAAGACACUGCUGCGUUAGCUGCAGCAGCAUUGCAAGCUGAAGAAGAAAAGAACAAAAAAUUAAAACAGGAAAAAACCAAAGAAGAUCAGAACGAGGCAAAAAAGAAAAAGGAACUCGACGAACAGAGGAAGAAAAAAGAAUCAGAAAAGUUAAAGGAAGACGAAAGGAAGAAGAAAGAAGCUGCAGAAAAACUAAAGGAAGAAGAAAGGAAAAAGAAAGAAGCUGCAGACAAAUUAAAGGAAGACGAAAGGAAAAAGAAAGAAGCUGCAGAAAAAAUAAAGGAAGAAGAAAGGAAAAAGAAAGAAGCUGCUGAAAAACUUAGAGAAGAAGAAAAGAAGAAAAGGGAAGUAGCUAAUAAGAAAGGAUUAAGAGUAGCAACUCCACAAAAAGGUGGUAAAACUGGAAUUGAAGCAAAAGACCACACACACGCGCCAGCGGCAGGGGCAGCUGGAGUAGGCUUAGCAGCAGCUUUAGCAGCAGGCAAGGAUAAGAAGGAAGUUUCAGAAGUUCAAAAGGAAGAGGUUGGAAUUCAAACAGAUCGAAAGGAAGAGAAAGAAAAACCGAAGACAAUAGACACAGGGAUACAGACAAAGAAACAGCACACCAGACAGAGUGGCAGCCAGACAGAGUUAUCAGGUGAUCAGGUGGUCAGUAGAGAAUCCUCACCAGGUCGUCAGCCUAAAUCUCGUGUCAGGACUGCUUCUAAGGAGGAGUCUGAAGGAGAAUUUGAGGUUCCAAAAGAUUCUCCAGAAUCAGAAGCAGAAGCACUGAGAGCAGCAGCUGCAAGGAGAAGUUUAUCACGAGCAGAAUCGGAGACAAACCGUGAAGAGAAACCACAAAGCAGACAGCGUAUAAUACAGUCGCCUUCUAAGGUUCCUACUGAUGGUAGAAUUAGUCAGGGAUUAUUGACGAAUUCCCGGAAACCAUCGCGCCAAAGAACAUUUGAAAGGAGUGACUCGCCAGACCUUUCAUCAGGUGAAGAUAUUGAUGAAAGAGAUUAUGUUGAUGCUCAACCAAAGUCUCGUAAACAACGUGCACAAAAUAGAUUACAAAAUAGGACAAGGAAACUAAGAAAUCGACAGGUAGCCGGUGUGUAUGAUCCUGAUCGGCUUUCUAAACCUGUCGGUGUUCACAAACAAAUCAGAGACAAAAAGAGAUUAGCUCGUGAUCGUGAUAGUCAAUUGAACGGAAGACUUGUAGAGAUGGAUCGUUCAGACGAAAUUAAUGAUCUUGAACACUCAAUUUUACGUACCCGCCGAGGUACUGGACGAUGUGUGAACUCCAUACAAGAAAGUGUGCGUCGGUACCAGAGUGAGCGACGCAUGGUUAGACAGCUUCAUCAACUUAAGCGUGCCCAGAUCUACACGGGUCCCAUGCACGACGUGGUUCUGUUCAGUAAGCUGAUGGACGUAUACAGAAACAACGCUCCACAUGAUGCAGACAGUACACUCGACUCGCAGGUGCUCGAGGACUGGGAAGGCUACCUCCGAGAUAACUUUGAGGAUAGAGAGGAUCAACUCCAGUUUGUUUCACAUUUCUACGAGGAUGACAGGACCGGACUACGAUCUGCUACCAACACUGUCAGGACUCAGCCUACUAGAUCGGAGAAAUCGGCAAACUCUGCCAAACGUAGUGUGGACAACAGAUACGCUGAAUUAAGAUUUAAAGAGGAAUUUGAAAUGUCUGAGCGAGAAGCAGUGGAAGACAGAAUGAAAGAGGUUGCAAAGAAAACCGAUGAGUCACUGAAGUCUGUACACAGCAAGACUUCAGACAGUCUCAAUGAAGCAAAGAAAGUGAAUGAUAAGCUCCAGAACGAUUUCCGUAGAGAUGUUACGGAACGCCUCAAGUCAGGCAAUUCAACUAAAAAGGAACGCCAGUGGCUCAUCCAGGAAUCCAUGAGUGACGAAGCCCAGUCCCAGGCUGAAAGUAUGGAGAAGGAGAGAAGGGAGAAAUAUAAAGAGUGGCACAAAAAGAAGAAUGAGGAGCUGAGGCGGAAGCUUCUUAGGGUCUACGGACCGGAUCAGAAUUACUCAGAUAUUAAAAAUAGUAAAGCCCACUCUUUUAAGUCAUCUACGCCACGAAUUGCUUAUACAUCGACACCACGCCCGAAGUCCCAGAUUACGAUGACCAGCGGGGGUAUGUCUCAAGCCCAGUAUGGUAUGGAUCGUGAGAUUACUGUUCAGAUGACGGAGUACGGAAUGAGGAGGGUAAAGAAAGAUCCAGAUUAUCCAUUCGGUAACAAGGUGAAGAGUAAAAAGGGGCUCGUACAUAGAGGCUUGUUGGAGCAAGAUCAUAGUGAAGCCAACUGGACGCCGAAGUUUGAUGGUUCUCUAAGGCCUCGGGCGGGACUUGUGUUCGUGGAACCAGAAGUGUACGAUGAAGCAUUAAAAGAGGAAAAACAAAUGAAAAAGGCUUACUCUAUAGCGGCACGAAGCAGUGGGAAUGUUACUAUGGAUGACGAACGUUUGUUGGGCCCAGUGUCUUCAUGACCAACGCCUUAGUUAGACAUGUUAUUAAAAUUUUAGAGGUGGAAAUGUCUUCGUGGUCAAUUCUUACAGAUACAAUGGCAUUAACGUUAAAUGUGCUCAAUACCAGAACAGUGGCGGACUCGAAAUUCGUGGAAAGGAAUGCCAAAAUAAUGAAGGGGAAAACGUAUCUUCCGGAAACGGUCUUACAUAAAACAUGAUUUGACAUGAAACCUUUAUUUCGUCUUUGAAAUACGAGGGAAGGGACCUUUUGACUUUCGUUUAAAUAUCUCACUGAAUGAGACGUAAUAUACAUUUGGUAUAGUCAUAUACAUACUGUAGUUGUUCAGAAUUGAAGAUUUUGAUGUAUUUCCGGGAGCAUUUGUUGCUACUUCUGUGGAUGAUUUUUAUUCGAAAAAUCGUGCUUUCCAACAAGUUGUUACACAACUUGCUUUUCUAUUCUCUGUGAUAACUUAUUCUUUAUUUGACUUGACCGUGGUUGCUUUUUAUUUAUUGUAAAAUAUUUCUUAUUUAUAUUAUUGUUAUAAGUGAUUAUCUUUUUAACAUAUGAUUUAUAGAUCCAUUAUGUUAGAUACAUUGUCUGUUUAUACGUUAUUAUGUACAAAUAUUCGCGAUCAAUUAAUUGCAAAAAAAGAGUUAAUGUAUAUAAUGUAGAAACUGUAUCGUUGUUAACAUUUAAAUAUUUUGUAGACAUCCGUGUGAAAAGCACCCGUCUUAUUUUUACACCUAAACUGUGAUAAUGACGUGAGUCUGUUAUGUUAUCAUAGAAGAAAUCAUGUGAACUAAUAAUUCUAAUUAAUGUUCAGUAGACUAACAAAUUAUUUUUUAUCUUAUCAAGUUAAUUUCAAACAAUUUAAAAGUUUUGUUUUUUUAAAGCAAAGUUAGCAGCGGAUAGCUAAAUAAGUAGACAAACCAAUCAGGAGAUUUGAAAUUCUUUUAUAUAACCAAUCAUAGUAUGCUAAGUAAGUCGUAUUAUAUAAUCGAAUUGACUAAUGUAGUGAGUUUGAAUAUAGUUUCAGCUCUAAAUAUAUUUGUUCAAAUAUUUUCUAUGUGCGAGUGUGUGUUGAGGAUGUUUGUGAACUCAUACCUGGUUUUAUUUGGUGCCAUAAUAUAACUCACUGUUCAAGAAACUUCUAAUUUUUAGUGAUCAUCUCUUUCACAGAAACGUUAUUUAAGAUAUGUCUGAAACGUAAUUUAUCAAAUGACUUACUCAGAAUCAAAGAUUGAGCAAAUAUAUUCCUAGAACCUUAGUGGAAUCAUUGUCAUUGCAGUCCAAUCUGAAAAUGUAUUUCUAUUUCCAUUAUAUCACUGCUACUAGUGUACGUAGUUUAUAUCUCAGAUGAUCCUUGAUUGAAGUUCUGUAAUAUAUCAAUUGGAAUUUCUAUUUAUGCAUGGAUAUAUAAUUUAUAUAUUUAAACAUUUGGCGUUAGUGCUAAGAGACGGAAUAUCAUGCAAUUCACUCGUCGUUUUGCUAAUACAUUGUAGUUUUCGGAGAUCGUUACAGUUUCAGAAUCUUGUUCAUUAACACUUUAUAGGAAACAUCUUUCUCUCGAACUUUUUACCAGUGUCGUGUAUGUUUCUGCCAAGUGAAAUAUGAAGAAUAAUACGGAUGGAAAGAAUGUACAUUCUUGGAUCGCAUUUCACGUUUUGGUAUGAGAAAUGGUUUUGAAUAGUGGGCAAUUUACGUUUCAUGUCGUAAACGAAAUCAUCUCGGAAUAAUGAUUUGUCAUAUAGAAGAAUGCUUUUAUUUAAUAUAAACUGUAUUGCACCACACUGCAUACACAGCAUAAUACACAAAUUAUAUACGAUUUCGGAACAAGAUUUAAACAUUUUUAAUCACUAUUCUCCGGGAAAUUAUCUACCUGCCAUCUUAUUGUGUGAAAUGAUGUCCCAUAUCCCACAGACUUUCAUCAAAACAGCGAUGUCUCUAGAAUUAUCAUACCACGAGUUCAGUAAUUCCCAGUCAUGGUUCCGUUACCAAGUUUAGAAUUAUAAAGUUUAGAGGAUAACCAAACAUAUUGUAGUGAUAUGAUUUGUAUCGAGUCUUGUGGAUUUGUAUUCAGAUUUAACUCGCAGGAAUUCAUAGAUUAUACCUGGGAUUAAACACUUAACAAUAAUCAAUUUUACGUAUGGUCUAUCCUUGAGUUCGUAAUGUAUUUUCGUAUUCAGGAUACUUGUUUGUAAAAAUAUGAUAUAUUCAUUGUCAUUGAUCAUUUACUUUGUUGUCCCUGAUAAUGCAAAAAGAUGUUAUAAAAUAUGUUCAUAUGAAACACCAUCAAUUCUUCGGUUACAAAUUUUAUUGUAAUUUCAAUUGAGCUCUAGUUCUGCAGUUGCUUCUAAGAGGUGAUAGUAUAUUUAAUUAAAAAUCGUCUCGCUUCGCUUAUAAUAAAAUAAAAAUCCUGUCAAGGGAGAAUACUAAGAUGUAAAAAAUGUCAUUCUUGCAGAUUUUUAGUUUGAAAUAAUACUUCGACAUGGUGAGACAAUCAAUGACAGGGUUGAAAUUAAAUCAUAUUAAUUUGAAAACAGACAAAUCUGAUGAAGAUAUUAAUGUUGCUGAGAAUUGUAUAUGUCUUGUUAUAAAUUAUUUUUCUCCUGUGAUCAGAACAUGUGAUAUGCUAAUGAUAAUAUAUAAUGUCCAAUAUCUGUGAUAUUUUCACGUCUAUAUGCAUAAUACUGACAUAAAUACAGCGGUAGGCAGUACUCGUGUUACUGUGUUAGUACAAAUAAAGACUAUCAAUUUA